AUGGCCAAAUCUGAACCUCGGGAAAGAAACUAUGACAACAUGGUAAAAAUGCUGGAGGACCUGAACAGGGAUUUAGAAAAACUUCUGGAAGAAAUGGAGAAACUAUCAGUGCAGGCAACCUGGAUGGCAUAUGAUAUGGUGGUUAUGCGUACCAACCCAGACUUGGCCAACUCCAUGAGGCGACUGGAAGAUGCAUUCCUGAACUGCAAAGAAGAGAUGGAAAAGAACUGGCAAGAGAUGCUGAAGGAAACUAAAGGCACUGAACAAAAACAGGAAUAA